AGUGUUAGUUUGUUGGCAUCUUGACGACACUGAAACUGUUCGAAAGUGAAUGAAAAUAUAGAAAAGGGAAAAUGUACAGAGAACAUGGGAAAAGCACUGAUGAUAUCUAUGAAAAUGACUUUGUUACAAAAGGUAAACUUGGAAGACAGACGAUGGACAGUAACAUGAGAAUCCAGCCAUCUAAACUCACAGGCAGGACUCCGAGAAUGAACAAGGGGGCGAGACAAACAGAGACAGAAGAUAUUUAUGAAAAUGCUGACGCUAUGAAAGGUAAAAUCACAAUGAAGACAGAAGACUCAUAUACAAAGAGAAUCCAGCCACCUGAACACACAGGACGUGACUGUGUGAAGAUCAUAAACUACAGAUCAGCUGUAGUGUGUUUGGUGCUGCUGUGUGUUCUUCUGCUGACUGCAGUCAUAGCGCUGGGUGUCACCUUCACUCAAGAGAGACAACAGCUUAUAUUCAAGAAUAAAAACCUGACCAAUCAGAGAGACCAGCUAAGAAACAACUCUCAGAUUCAUGAUGGAUGGAUUUGCUAUCAAUCGACUUGUUACUACAUAUCCAAAGAGAUGAAGAACUGGAAUGAGAGCAGACAAGACUGUUUGAAUAGAGGAGCAGAUCUGAUCAUCAUAAACAACAGACAGGAACAAGAUUUUGUUACGGACAUGCCUGGUGUUGCUGCAGUCUAUAUUGGUCUGGCUGACACUAAUUUGAAUGGAACAUGGAAAUGGGUUGAUGGCACACUGACCUCUGGUUUCAGCUUCUGGGCGCUUAAAGAGCCAACUGGAGGAAUAGAGAACUGUGCUGUGACUGUAGCUGUAUCUCAGCUAAAGUUUGGUAAUUCAUUAGGCUGGCAUCAUGUUGUAUGUACUACUUUUUUUCCAUGGAUCUGUGAGAAGAGGAUUCCACAGCUCACACUGCCAUAGCAGCAUCACACACCUUUCUGACACAAGUUCAACAGUACAAAACUUGAAUUAACUGAUAUUUAGUGAAAUUCUAAAAUGUACAAAAUUUAUAUAAGCAAGUACAUCAUGAUUUUCCAAACCGUGUUUUUGGCUUAUCCUGAAUGCGGUACAAAAAUAAUAUUUUGUAUUCAGACUUUUAUUUUAGACUGGCCCAGCUAGAGUGUUCUUCCGCAAGAUGCACACAGUUAUGUUUAUUAACUGCUAGAGCGCCAAAAGUUAUAGACUGCAGCUUUAACAUCUCUUUGUUUUCAAUACACACAUCUACUCAUUCUUUAUCAUUAAAUAAAUACAUAAACAAAUAAAUAAAUACAAUUUAGUUCACCCUAGUUUUUCAAGAGUGCACAUCUUCAUUCACAUAUUCUUUCCAUGAGUGUUAUCACAAGUCUGAUAUACCUGAUGAUUUUAUAGUUAAUUACUCUGUGUCAAGAUAUGUUUUCAUGCUAAAUAUAACAGUAGAACUGUGUGUAUUACAACCCGCUGGAGCCCAGUGUGAGAUCCACCAAUCAGAGAGGUUUCUGAAUCUCAAUCAAUCAAUCAAUCAUGCUUUAUAUUCAGCUACUUUUUAAAAUUUGUACUCCUCAUAAAGAAUGUUAACUGAAAACUAGAUGUU